AUGAAUUUUGUCAAGAAAAUUGAAGCGGAGUACUGUUUCAUGAGUUUUGCUUCGAUUUUGUUGAAGAGACCUGCUUCAUGGCUCUCUCUUCUUGCUCCUCCGUUUCUUCACGUUCUUGGACUUCGCUUCUUACACCUCCUCCUCACUUCAGCUGCUUUGUUCUUCUCCUCUUUUUUCUUCCCAAUCUCACUUCUUCCUUCUUCAAUCCAAUCAUCAAAACUACCUCAAAAAGAAGAUUGUGUUGCCACGGAAAAUAUCAUCGAAGAAAAACCGGAGAAAAACUUUGAAAUAGCUAAUGGAAUGGAUGAAGAUGGUGCAAUCCCUGAUGAUGAGAGCCUUAUAGAGCUGUGUUUACCUAGUGGUCACUAUGUUGGUCACCACAAUACUAGUAAGAAGAACAAUCUCUAUAUAAACAACAAAGUCCAAGAUGUUAGGCUCUUUGAUAUAUUCGCAGAGUUCAACGGUUUCAUCGAAGAAGAUAAUCUUAUCGAGAUCGAUAUCGCUAUCGGAUGCAUCAAGUAUUCAAGGUUUGAGAUCAAAGUUUGA